AUGGCCAGUCCUGACGUCCACCAUCUCUUCCACCACCCCAUCGCCGACCACUCCUUCUCGGCCGACCGCCAGACGCUUGCCGUGGCCCGGGAGAACAAUGUCGACUUGUUCACCAAGAGCGGCAGUGGAUACAAGCUGCAGGAUGAAUUAACAGGCCAUGACAAGACCGUCACGGGCGUCGACAUUGCCCCCAUUUCUGGCAAAAUCGUGACUUGUUCGCAAGAUCGCAAUGCCUAUGUGUGGGAGCCCUCACCCCAAGGAUGGAAGCCCACCCUCGUCCUCCUCCGCAUCAACCGCGCAGCCACGUGCGUGCGCUGGGCCCCCUCGGAGACCAAGUUCGCAGUAGGCUCUGGUGCCCGCCUCAUCCCUGUGUGCUACUUUGAGGAGGAGGACAAUUGGUGGGUGUCCAAGCAUAUCAAGAAGCCCAUUCGCUCAACCGUCACCUGCGUCUCCUGGCACCCCAACUCUGUCCUCCUGGCCGCCGGUUCCACAGACGGCCACGCCCGCGUCCUCUCCUCCUUCAUCAAGGGCGUCGAUGAGCGGCCGGAGCCCUCGGCUUGGGGCGAGAGACUGCCUUUCAACACUGUAUGUGGCGAGUACUUGAACAGCACGGCUGCCUGGGUCCACAGCGUUGCCUUCUCGCCCUCGGGCAACGCCCUGGCCUUUGCCUCCCACGACAGCAGCCUGACGGUCGUUUACCCGAGCGCGCCCGAACAGGCGCCCCGCGCCAUCCUCAACGUAAACACCCAGGUCCUACCCUUCAUGUCCCUCCUCUGGAGCUCCGAGUCUGAAAUCAUCGCCGCCGGAUACAAUUGCGAGGCCUUUCGCCUCCAGGGCUCCGAGGACGGCUGGCAGCUCGUUGGCUCGCUCGAGUCCAAGAGCCGGCCGGGACUCAUGGACCAGCGCGAAGAGAGCGCGCUGAACAUGUUUCGCCAGAUGGAUCUCAAGGGCAAGUCUGGCACCGAUGACACCAAGCUCAAGACUGUCCAUCAGAAUACUAUCAAUACGAUUCGCAGCUUCCAAGAGGACGGGGGGAAUGUGAGCAAGAUUAGCUCAACGGGCGUGGAUGGCAGGAUCGUCAUUUGGUCCUUGUAG